GUUCAUUCGAGUCACUGUGAGUACCAUUCAUAACCCCACACUCUACAAGAUGGCCAUUCUAGAAUCAAACCUCCAGGCCUUCCUGUCCGUGGACCAUCUGCGAUAUACACUAGCAGCCGAUCGUGCUCAGGCUCAGGCUGUGAUCGAGACAAGGAUUGACGAGGAAAGCGUCCGCCGUCCUGGCGGAAAACGCGUUGCGAAACGCUUGAAGGCACUAUCAAUAUUACGGCUCGACUUAAAUGGCACAAAUGCAACGCCCUCGAUUUGCACCGGUCGCUUAUGUCGCGGAGCAGACCGAUACGGCUCACUCGAGCCCUUUGGCAUCGGUCGACGAUGACACCAGGUGGACUUCGCUUGUUUGGUGUCCUGCUGAUUUCCCUGCCGAGCUGUUUGAGACGGCGGUGUCACAGCUCAUCCACCAUCCGGAAUACAACUCGACUCUGAUCCUUCGAUCCGAAACCGUCUCAGAAUCGACGUCCAGCUUCAGUUCCGCGAUACCUGCGCUCAGGAGCUUGCGGACAGUGAGGACCAUCCACAGGAGAUUGCUUCCUCGUCGUCCGGGACGUGAUGCUGGCUUGGAACAGCAUUGUACGCUCUACGCACCCGAAGGAGAAGGAGACGCAGCCGAUGACAUACCGACUACCCUUGUCCUCACCCCUAUCUUCAAGGCGGCAGCGGCAACGCUACCAUACUACCAUCCAGCCGUUUCUCAUCUCGCGUUCCGAUAUCUCGUACAGGAUCCUCCGAUCUUACGCAUCGAAGUGCUCCCGCUUUCAGGCACACCAACGGAUAUCAACUCCAGAUUAUACCGGACAUGUCUGGCGCUCUUGGAGACAUUGCACCGCUACGGAUGGGGCGCUAUGACGAACUAUAAGAAGCGGGUGCUGCAUGACUGUAUCAUUCCUCGGGAGCCGUACCAAGAUCUAUACCUCAUUAUGCGAGAACGACACAAGCAUCUGGUGAACACUUGGCAGGAAAUCACUGACCCACUCAAGCAUGUCUUCGAGGACAUAGGAAUCGCAACCUUUCUGAUGCUUCUAUGGAAAGAUACGUACGCUGAUUCUACGCCCCAACCCGCAUCGGAGCCAAACGCGACGGAGCCUUGGAAGAGCUGGCCUCGUCCGCCUGCUGGGUUUCUCGACCUAGGGUGCGGGAAUGGACUUCUCACUCACAUACUCACUGCCGAGGGCUAUGAGGGUAUGGGUAUCGACCUGCGAGCACGCACUUCCUGGUCGCACUAUCCUGCGCCCACUCAGGCACAGCUUCGUGUGGAGGCUCUGGAUCCCACCGAGCUAGACGACCCAGCGACGCUGUCCUCUCACCCGUACUUAUGUCCAGGGGUCUUCGUCAUAGGCAACCACGCAGAUGAACUCACGCCUUGGGUUCCAGUGCUGUCCGCUCUAUGCUCUGCGUCAGGAUACCUGUCUAUCCCCUGUUGUGCUUGGACCUUCGACAUGCGCUAUGAACGCUCCAGAAAUACAGCUUACCCAAUGCCAGAUGGCUUCGUGGAAAGUCUAAACCUCGGCGGUGAAGGAAGCAACACCAGCUCGUACUCAUCCUACCGGAUCUGGCUUGCUUCGUUGAGCUUGCACCUGGGAUGGGAAGUAGAAUGCGAGGCGCUGAGGAUACCAAGCACAAGGAACUGGGCUAUCAUUGGGAGGACGAGGACGUCGGAUGAUGGCGUUGCACAACUCGCAGAAUACGAGCAUCGAGCGAAGCAGAUUUUCCAGACAGUCCGAGAAAGGGGCUUAUUCAAGACAAGGCGCCCAGAGGGGAAAGCGGGAGGUGAUCAUUGAUUGUUCCCUGAUAUACUCCACGCGCUGCAUAGUAGUCAACCGACGCCAUUUUCGACGGAAUGCUGCCAUGACAGUACUUACGCUCGGACGCAGUACUAUACAUGAACACUGAAAGUGUGCCACGGUAUUUAUUACAUCACACGGGAGCAACGGGAUUGUACUCCCUCGAAAUAUAUGUGUCUCCAAAUCA